CACACACAUCUCACUUUUUUUUAAAUCAGUGAGCUGAGCCAGGUUUUGGCUGGUUGAUAAUCAUAUGUAUGAUAAUGUAUGCACUCACUACUUACUGUAAGUCGCUCUGGAUAAGAGCGUCUGCUAAAUGGCUCAAAUGUAAUGUGUAGUAUGUGUCUAGCUGAGGUCUGCUGGAGCCCAGGUGAUUCAGGAGCACAUCUUUGAAGCCAAGGCCAUCAGCAUUCUGGACCUCUCUGACAAUGCAAGGCCAGACACGUCAGUGUCAGUCAGAAUAGAUACAGCACUGCUGGGACACUGAUACUCCAGCAUCCAGCACCUGCCUGUCUGCCAACCCACUUCCUCGUCCCUCACUUCUGGGGAUCGUACAAUUGACGUCACACUGACUGGAACCAAGACGAUGGCUCCCUACUUUCUUCUACACCAGCCAGUGGCUCAUAUAUAGAGACCAUUUGUUUUCAUGGGUUUUGAGAGUGACAUGGUAACCAUGGUGCUGUCCAUCAGUCGCAGGCACUCCAUCCGCGAUCCGGCUUUGGGACUCAACUUUGUCAAGUCCAGAGCUCUAAUAACAAACGUCCUACAGCGUAUCGUCCAGCUCAUGCAGGAGGAGGAAUGUGAGCUGGCCCAGGCCUUGCUACAGGCAGCCCAGACUCUCUGUCCCAGGGUCACACACAGGUCAAGCUGGCUGACUAUGUGGCUAAGAUGUCCAGACAGACAGACCUCUUCAUCUGGGACACCCUCAUACAGCACACAGGAGAGCUCAGUGAACUCCAACUGUCAGUUAGUGUCUCCUUGGUGGAAAGUAUCAUUGAUGAGGUUCUGCAGGACUUUUGUGGCUCAAAAGUUUGUGGCUCAGCGGCAAUUGUAUGUUCAUGUCAUUUGGAGGAACAGCUAUCCGUCAAGCAACCUCAGUGAAGAGUGUCCUGGAUGUAGACACGGAGCAGCAGGCGAGAGAGAGCAUUUAUUAUCAGCAGGAAGUAGGAGGGGAGGUCUCAGGGGUAGGAGGGAGUGGGUGGGCGCUGUCGUCGACAACGUUAUUGUCAGUCACAGUGGCAGGCCAGCUGAAACCUGAAGGCUCCUCCCACACAGGGAGGGAGGCGGAUGCUGCCGCUGCUCUUGCUGCUGCCGCGGCUCUUAGCGACAGUGAUCCCCGGCGCCCUGAGCCUGCACCUCCUCAGCCCCCUAUGGACCUGCCCAUCGAAGGCCACACACUGAGGCACUACACCCGCUCCAGGCCCAGACCCAACCGCCGGAACAGCAAGCCGCCCAGCAAGCCCCAGGAGCAGGCAGCUGAGCGUGAAGAGAUGAAGCCAAUGAGACCAUGGCAGGGUGGAUGAGGGAGUAGAGGAGUUCUUCACUAAGAAGAUCAUCCCUGAUGACCCGCUUAAGAGCAGCAGAGGACAACACCAUGGCCCCACCGCACCCUCUGAUGUCCCCAGCAUCCCCACAACCCUGCCCACCAGUGCCCCCGUCCAGGAGGAGGUGACAUCUGUGUCCCCCAGCGCUCUG